UUUUUGUUUUUUUUUUUGGGUGUUAGUGUAGGUGUGUGUGUCGCGUGUAGUUCAUAAAAAAAUUUAGCACAUUUACCGUUAUAAUAACGUGCUUCCUUACCGUUGUGCUGUUCGCAGCCAACGCCGACGCCGACGUUGACGUCGCGUGCAGAAAAAAUUUGGCUGAGCGGGGCGAGCAAAAGCCUAACGGCAACAUCAAAAGAUCGGUAAUUGGAUGAAAUUGUAAGCAGUCUACCUUCUCCAAAGAAGUUUUCUAUUGCUGGCUCAUAACAGUUAUUUCUAGUUAAAUAGCGUCCGACAAAAAGCAAUGCAGAGUGCUGUGCUGAGACCCCAUAGAGACGUUUAGUUCCGAAAUAUAUUGUUGUUGUAGUAUUUAGGAGUCUGAAAUUAACUAAUAACGAAACUGCAAAACGAAUUAACGUUUACCAACACUGCGACACACGAGACGGCGCAAUGGCCAUCAUUGAGGCGCGGCCCUACAGGCCCUUUAAGUCCAGCGAGGAGUAUUUGGAGGCCAUGAAGGAGGAUUUGGCCGAAUGGAUGAACACAUUAUAUCCCGGAUUGGGAAUCAAUGCGGAUAACUUCAUGGAUCGCCUGGACACGGGCGUUGCACUGUGCAAGCACGCAAAUUAUGUGCGGCAAGCAGCGGAGGACUAUUUGGCCCGCCGUCAGGCGCGCAACAAAUCAAUGACACGUUCAAUGACUUCCGGCUUGGCGGGUCCAAUACUUGCUAUGGGGAACGUCCAUUACUUGCCGGCGGCCAAAAGCGGCACCUUCUUUGCACGCGACAACGUCUCCAACUUCAUAACCUGGUGCAGAAAGAGCCUUAAAAUAAUCGAGUGCCUAUUAUUUGAAACCGACGACCUCAUCAUGCGCAAAAACGAGAAGCAUGUUAUACUCUGCCUUCUGGAGGUGGCCAGACGAGGUGCCAAGUUCGGCAUGCUUGCGCCAAUGCUCGUGCAAAUGGAGCGACAAAUCGAUCGCGAAAUCGCGGCCGAUAACAAAGCAAACGGAGGCAACGCUGGCACCCAAACGACCACCUUCGUGGCCACAGAGUGCAGCACACAAACGGAUGCGAUCGGCGUGACUGAUGCGAACGAGGGCGAUUCGAACGAACUCUACGACACAGACUCGGACAACGAGGACACAAGCGACGAGGGGCCGAUGCUAAUGUACGGACCCCAACCCCAGAUCAUAACAAACGAUCUGAAGAGCCUCGACGAAAUGGUCAGGGAUUUGGUUGAGAAGUGCACCUGUCCCUCUCAGUUCCCAAUGGUUCGGGUUUCGGAGGGCAAAUACCGCAUUGGAGACACAAAAGUGUUGAUAUUUGUGCGCAUAUUACGCUCCCAUGUGAUGGUGCGCGUCGGCGGGGGUUGGGACACGCUCGCCCACUACUUGGACAAGCACGAUCCGUGCCGCUGCCGAGCCCAGCAUCGUACAUCUGUGGCCGCCCGCCUCAUACCGCGCUCCACAAACCCAACUGGCAAUGGUAUCGAGCUACACAAGGCGCAGGUGAUAUUCGAGCGAUCACCGCCCACAGCACGUCGUAUCAUAUCGAAUUUCAACAGUCCGGCAUCCCCUAACGGAACAACAACAAUAGCAGGAAAUACGAGUUCUCCAAACACGACCAACAACAGCCUGUCGCCGAGCUUGGCGAGCGCUGCCGGCCCCGCUAAGUAUCGGAGUCGUAGUCCCACACCACAACGCAAGUUUAGGAAUUACAUCAAUGGAUUUGGACUUGCCAUUGAAUCGACCACUGAGCGGCCACAGGAGAUACCGCCAUCAACCAAUUUAAACUCCAGCUCCAAUUCGAACAGAAGCCAAUUGUUGGUCACACCCAGCUUUCCUAGACGCUCCAUGUCGCCGAGUCCCCGACGUCUGAUAGAUAUGCGCAAAAAGCAGAACUCCCUCGAGUCCUACAACAACACCCCUACACCCCUUGUCAGCGACUUCCCCGCUCAGCUGGACGAAGGCGCCGCUGGCUCGACUCCAUCAGCCAGCGUGGCAGUCUCGGCGAGCACCACAAAUGGCACCACAACUAGCACCACUGGUGGCAACGGAGGGGAGCAGACCAACAAGUUCGAGAACAUUAGCGACAAUGGGAGCGAGAUCAGCGACGAGGGUUAUCGCAGCCUCGGAGUCAUUCAGUCCAAUGCACAGAAACGCGAGUCCCUGCACAGUCAGGCUUCCAUGGAAGAUGCUGAAAGCAAUGCGCGUCUCGAUCAAACAUCCAGCGACUCGCAGAUCUCGCCCACGGACGAUGCAGCCACCAAGGUGGUGGAAAUAGUUGAUGCCGAGUUCACAACCAAUGAUCCCUCUGAUGGCCCUCUGUCGCUGCCCACUAUGUUGCCGCUGCCCAAGGAGUUGGAGGAGGAGGUAGAGGAAGAGCUGCAGGUAGAGGUAGAGGAAGGGAACUGCGACAAUAGCUCCAAAUUUGAGCAGUCGGGCGUCUUCAUUACGGACGAUGAGAUCACUGUGGAUAUUGCAGGGAGCACUGGACUGCGCCGCACUGGACUGCGCCGCGGGGUCUUAUACCCCAGGAUUCUGAACAUUCGUGCUGUUGUAGAGGAUGUCAUUGAUGGUGGCAAGCCUGAAGCAGCAACAGCAGCAGCUCAAAGUGGCAGCAAAAUUCCGCGUUCCCCGCUGCCGCCGCGUCGUCGCAGCAGCAUUGACAACAGCACCUGCGGUGGUGCCGGUGGCAGUCUACAGGAUCUGACGUCACGCACCGGUCUGCCGUCAUCGUCUCUGAAUCGCAAGAAGCCCGUCUAUCGUUCGGUGCGCAAACCACCGUCCGCUGAGCGUUCGGGACGUGCAACGCCAACACCAACGCCGCCGCCACGAACCAAAGCCUCGUAUCUGCCGACAGUGCGGGAUGUGACCAACACAUGGAGCGGUCGGAGCGCUGUGGCGGCAACGGCCAGCAAGAAGCGUCCAACGAUCAAUGCGGACACCUUCGCCUCUCCAUCGCCCUUCGAGCGGAAUGUGAAGACACGCUCCUCGCAGAUUCUCUACGACAGCAAUGGAAGACGGGUGCGUGGCUGCACCAGCUCGCUGACCACUUCACCGGUGAAGAAUCACGCCUCCUCCCCACUGAUCCAGCAGCUACGCGAGGCGGCCAACAGUACCAAGAACGAAGCGGAGAUACUCGAGAAGAUGAAGACCCUGUUGUCGCGCUAUGCGGCCAGCAAUCAGGCGAAAGGCGCCAAAUCCCAAAACGGUUCCAAUUCUGGAUCGGGCAAGAAGACACCCGUUUACGAGGACUUUACCACAGCGUGGGUGCACUGUAAUGGUAAUCUGGAGCGCUCCAAUAGCUGCUCGCCGCCAGCCAAAACGCGCUCCAAGCGCAGCUCAGCGGCCUCCUCCUGUGAGAGCAACAAUUCCCGGGAUAUGACUGUGGUGGUGUCCCCCAGACGCGAACGUGGUGCCUCCAAAAUUCCGGCGCCGGUUCGCCAUCAUACCGAGCUUUAUUAACAGCGUCUACGGGCGCUGAGCGUCCACCGGAGACCGCGUUAGAGCGCCAAAGUUUCGAAUAUGUUAACGAUCAGGUGAGGGUGGACGGGUGGACGAGGAGUCUGUAGGAGUCUGGGGUGUUUAGGUUAGCCACUAUGUUAAGAGUGUUAAAGCCAAGCUGGAAUUGUCGUCGUCGUCGCUCGCUCGGUCUCUCCAAAUGAUCUAGAAGGAAAGAAAUGAAUAGGUUAGGUUGACUCGAUCCGUACCGAUCGAACCGUUCCAUACAUACAAGUAUAUAUGUAUAUCACUUUGUAAUCGCACGAUCAUUAAAUAAUAGUAUUAUAAUCAGAAUCAGAACUGCCUCAUAGAAAACAUAGAAUGCACGCACAGAUAUCUUCCGAAAAUCAUGCAAAUCGAAGGUCCAAGUCCGGCUCUCGGAACAGAUUUUAUUGACCAAAAUAUAUACACACAUAUAUAUAUUAUAUAUAUACACGUAUAAUCCUCUCUCUCAAUACUCUCUUUACUCUCCAUAUAAAGCGUACUAUUUAUACAAAUUAAGCUAACACUCUCUCUUUCUAUAUAGCUGGGCAGUCGGACUUAUUGUGAUUCGAUUUGUUUAUGUUAUUGGUGGAUCCAUCUGUGCUUCAUAAUGUUACCGAAUUACAAUCCGAAAAUUGAGACUUGCAGCAAAAAAGUUUUAAUCCAUUUUUUUUUUUACCAAAAUUAUCAAAUAAGCCGUAUAUACAUAUAUAUACAAAGACUUUCGAUCUAAACAUUAUAUACAUACAUAUAUUAUAAUACAUACAUAUACAAGUAUGUAUUUAAAAGAGCAUUAGAAUGUGUCGUCGUGAUAUGAAAAUCAAUUCACUGUUUCUUUCUUUUCUCAAGAGAGUUGCCUAAAAGUUUUAGAUGCGCGCAUAGUUUUCUAGAAGUUUUUCAAAGCAACAGCAAUCGAUCGACUCGACUGUGUUGGAACGUAUGUAUAACGAUGUAUAUUUUUUACGAAUACCGAUACUACUACCGUAGAAGCUUGUAAAUAGAGUGGAUGGAUAAAAGGAACAUAAUAUAUAAUGUAUAGGAAAUGUGUAACAAAGAGAAAGAGAGAGAGAGGGAGAGAAGGCGAUCGCUUGAUGGUGAAGUGGGAAACGAAAUAUGAAAUAUGACUGUUGUUAUCGAAAAUUAUGAUUACUCUAUUAUUUUUUUAUUUGCUGGGACGUAGUUUUAUAGAGCAACCAUUUAUUUUUGUACGAUCCGAUAACUAAUGGGAAGAUUUUAACAAAAAUCGAUUGCAGUUAUCGAUAGUAGUUAGUAAAUGGGGCAAGAGAGUGGGGGAAAAGGGCGAAUAGCGACACAAACUAGGUGCUUUCCGAGCUAUAAAAUAAUAAUAACAAUAAUAACACUAACAAUAAAUAAUUAAAUCCGUUUUAAAAAUGCCCUUUGAUAUCGCCAUUUUCACACAUACAGUUUCGUAAGUUAUAGCCCCAUAUAUACGUAUAUAUGCUAAGCUAAUAAGCCCCUAUAACCACCCCUCUAUACACAACAAUACAAUUAUUGUAACACUAACAGUAACACCAACUAACGAUAUAUAUAAUCAUAUAUUAUAACUAUAACUUCAAAACGAGAGUCACAAAACGCAUUUUGCAAACGAAUUUUUAUUCUUUUUAUAUUCUUUCUUCAGAUAUGAUUUGUAAUUUCUAGAAGGCCAUUAAUAUUUCUCAAAAUUACCAUGUAGGCAAUGAAUUUUGAUUUCUACACACAACUGGAGGCCAGAGAUUUAGUUUUAAAUGUUAUAUCCCCUUAAAUACAAAUACAUAAAGAUAGUACAUACAUACAUACAUAUAUGCUUCUUGUCUCUUCGAUAAACAGUUUUAAGUCGCCAAGUCUUUCAGCUUUUACUGCAAACCAAAUGAAACGAAAGUAAAAGUAAAGUAAAAAUAAAAAUAAAAAUAAUAUCGACAACAAAUCAAGCAAUUAAAGCAUAAUAAAUCAUAAGAAUCAAACACAAAUGAUUUGUUUAUAAAACUAUUAAGUAAGCCACUAAGCAAAAUGACAAUUUAAUUGUUUACACACACGCUUCUGCACUCGAUGCAUCAGAUUUUGCAUCAGAAAAUGUUUCUUUUUUAUUCUUGGUGUUGAUUUUUGAACUAUAUUUUCGGCAGAAUUGAUAAUAAAAUAAAACAACACAUAUACAGACAUACAUACAUACAUGUAUCGAAAACAUAUAAAAGGUAUUUUAAAUACAAUUAACCGUUAUUAUGAAAUUAUUUCAAGCAAACUAACUAUUAAAAAUGGAAUAGAGUACGAGACAUGUAUCUGUAAAAAAAAGGAAUGAAUAAAUAAAGCGAUUACUGAUUUUAA